AUGGCGGCAACAUUCUCGUCGGUGCCCCAAGUGGACUAUGCGCGGUUGAAGGACAACGCCACGAGAGAGGAGGAGCUUGUGAAACUGCGCGAUGCCAUCUUCGUCGUGGGUUUCUUGUAUUUAACCAACACCGGGCUCGAAGAUCUCAUCCGCCACACUCAUGGGAAACUGCGCGAGCUGUUUGAUCUGCCCACGGAAACCAAGGAGGAAUGCAAUAUGAUCCACUCGCCAUCCUUCCUGGGAUAUACGCGUCUUGGGGCAGAAACCACCGCCGCCCAGACCGAUUUCCGGGAGCAAUUCGACUUCGGGACCCCCGGCAUGCGACAGUGGACCGAGCAGGAUCCAUUCUGGCAACGACUGGAGGGAAACAAUCAGUAUCCGAAGCACCCGGGAGCCCAGGAGCUGGUCGAUGAUUAUAUCUCCCGGAUUGACAAUCUGGCUCAAAACUUCGUGCACCUGGUUGCGGAGAGUCUCUCGCUCCCCAAGGACACAUUCGAUGAUUUCAAGGGCAAGAUGAGUCGACUGAAGUUUGUGAAAUACCCACCCUCAGCGCCGGAUUCCCAGGGCGUGGGCCCUCACAAGGAUUCCGCCGGGCUCUUCACAUUUCUGUCGCAGGAUAAUACUGGUGGCCUCCAGGUCCUGAACAAGAACGGAGAGUGGAUCGAUGUGCCCCCAGUCGAGGGUAGUCUCGUGGUCAAUAUUCAGCAAGGGUUCGAAGCCAUCACAGGGGGCGUCUGCGCCGCGACCACGCAUCGGGUUAUUGCCCCCAUAUCUCGAACUCGAUACAGCAUUCCCUACUUCCUCGGGGUGCGGUUAGAUUUGACGCUGCAGCAGCUGCAAGAGUCGGCGGCCCACAUCGUAAAGCGCAUCCCUGCAUCCGACGACCGCAAGAAACGAGCGGUCGAUGUGCCGAGCGAGUUUUUGUCUCCUCUUUAUGCCUGCUUUGGCGAGGCACACCUCCGGAAUCGCAUCCUGAGUCAUCCGGAUGUUGGGCGUCGCUGGUACCCGGAUUUGUAUAAGAAGUACUCCCAGCAGACUCUCUCGUAG